AUGUAUAGAUCAUUUUUACGUUCAGCUGCUUUAGUUAGACCAUCAAUUAAAUUGUCACAACAAUCUAUCCGUUUUUAUGUAACACAACCAAUUACAAAAGAUGAAGUUAUUACAAGAGCUUUUGAUGCUUUAAAAACAGUUGCCACAUUACAAGAAUCAAAAAUUUCAUUAGAAUCAUCAUUUCAAAAAGAUUUAGGUUUAGAUUCAUUAGAUACUGUUGAAGCUUUAGUUGCAUUAGAAGAAGAAUUUGAUUUAGAAAUUCCUGAUAAAAUUGCUGAUGAAAUAAAAACCGUUGGUGAAGCUGUUAAUUAUAUUUAUGAAGAAGAACAAAAAUUAUAG